UUAGCCUCUGCUCUGAUAAGUCCCGCGCGGUUGAGAUUGAAGUCGCCGGCGUGAAAGCCUCUGGGUGCUCUGCCGCUUCUGGCUCGGGCAGGGUCGCCUAGGAAACGGGGUAGGGGCGCGCCGACCGAGCCUCCCCAUGGCCGCGGUUGUGGCCCAGGGUGGAGCGAUGGGUCCUCUCGUGGGGGCCAUCGACCAAGGGACCAGCUCCACAAGGUUCUUGGUUUUUAAUGCAAACACAGCUGAAUUACUGAGUCAUCAUCAAGUAGAAAUCCAACAGAAAUUCCCCAAAGAAGGGUGGGUAGAACAAGACCCAAAAGAAAUACUGCAGUCUGUCUAUGAAUGUGUUGAAAGAACAUGUGAGAAAUUGAACCACCUGAAUAUAGACAUUUCCAACAUAAAAGCUGUAGGAGUUAGCAAUCAGAGAGAGACAACUGUAGUUUGGGACAAAGAAACUGGACAGCCUCUCUAUAAUGCUAUUGUAUGGCUUGACCUAAGGACUCAAUCUACUGUUGAAAGACUUCUUAAAAGGAUUCCAGGGCAGAAUAAAUCCUUUUUUAAGAGUAGGACUGGUCUCCCUAUUAGCACAUAUUUCAGUGCUGUGAAGCUACGCUGGCUUUUGGACAAUGUGAAGGAGAUCAGGCAAGCAGUUCGUGAAGGGAAAGCUCUUUUUGGUACUAUUGAUUCAUGGUUAAUAUGGAGUUUGACCGGUGGAAAAAAUGGAGGUAUUCAUUGUACUGAUGUAACCAAUGCCAGUAGAACAAUGUUGUUCAACAUUCAUUCAUUAGAAUGGGAUGAUGAACUCUGCAAUUUUUUUGAAAUUCCUAUGGAAAUGCUUCCCAAGGUACGGAGUUCCUCAGAAAUCUAUGGAUUACUGAAAAUCUCCCCUACCCUGAGUUCUGGAGCUUUGACUGGUGUACCAAUUUCUGGGUGCUUAGGUGACCAGUCCGCUGCAUUAGUAGGACAAAUGUGCUUCAAGGAUGGCCAAGCAAAGAAUACGUAUGGAACAGGCUGCUUCUUACUCUGCAAUACAGGCCAAAAGCCUGCACUUUCUGAGCAUGGCCUUCUAACCACCGUGGCUUACAAAUUGGGCAGAGACAAGGCUGUAUGUUAUGCAUUAGAAGGCUCUGUUGCUAUUGCUGGAGCUGUUGUUCGUUGGUUGAGGGACAACCUUGGUAUUGCAAAAUCUUCAGAAGAAGUAGAGAAACUUGCUGCUGAAGUGGGCACGUCUUAUGGCUGUUACUUUGUUCCUGCAUUUUCAGGAUUAUAUGCACCAUACUGGGAACCCAGUGCAAGAGGAAUUAUCUGUGGCCUUACUCAGUUUACAAAUAAAAACCACAUUGCCUUCGCUGCCUUGGAAGCUGUCUGCUUUCAAACACGGGAGAUAUUGGAUGCAAUGAAUAAAGACUGUGGGAUACCACUUAGCCAGUUACAAGUUGAUGGAGGAAUGACCAACAACAAGAUCCUUAUGCAACUCCAAGCUGAUAUUCUUUGUAUUCCAGUUGUAAAGCCAUCCAUGCCGGAAACCACAGCACUUGGAGCAGCCAUGGCAGCUGGAGCUGCAGAAGGAGUGGGGGUCUGGAGUCUACAUCCAGAUGACUUCACAGCAGUAACAUGUGAACGUUUUGAACCGCAGAUCAAUCCAGAAGAGAGUGAGUAUCGUUAUUCCAGAUGGAAGAAAGCUGUUAAGAAAUCAAUGGGCUGGGAGACAUCAGAACCUCAAGGAAAUAGUGAAACUAGUAUCUUCUGUAGUCUACCUUUGGGCUUUUAUAUAAUGAGUAGCCUGUUAAUGUUAAUCGGAGCAAAGUGUAUCUCAGGUAACUGGAAAUGAGGCGUUUAAUGGAUUUCAGGAGACUGUAACAUCUCAAAGAAUUUGGUGCUUUCUUAACAAUCUCAAUGGCAUUAUUUUGACUUCACUGUCAAAGUUGCUAUUUAGGAAAGGAAUUUAAUCAGGAAAAGACAAAAUAUAGCUGCUACCAUUUCUCUGAUUUAAAAGUAAAGAAAAAGUGGAAAGAAGGCCUGGUUAACUUCUGUAACUGCCAUCAUCUGUUUUGUCCACUUGAAAUGAAACAUGGAAUAAAGAAGUUAAAGUUUUUUGGGGAAAAAAAAGGAAACAGUACAUUUCAAGAACUUCAUUAUAUACACUUAUAUAAAGUUGUGAUUUCUUCUUAGAAAUUGCUUAUAACAAUAUUUUCCAAAACCAUCUUUUUCAUUGACUAAUUCAAACUUCAGUGAUAAUCAAAGAUUUCAGUAGUGUAUUUUGUAACAAGCAAACAACAGUUAUUUAUUCCUCCUUUUCAUAUACAUUGGCUAUCAUAUUAAGGAUUCUAAGGUACUAAGUAAAACUGGUAGAUUUUUCAUAAAUUAUAUUUAAAAUUUUAAAUGUAUAGACUUCUUAUAUAUAGUAAGAAAGCUAUAAAUUUGAAAUACUGUAAUAUAAAUCUAAUGGCCAACAGUAGGAAUAUGAAGAUUAAAUAUGAGCUUAAAAAGUUCAGAUAGCUAUACCUAUUUUAAUAAUAAAUCAUAAUAUUUAUGGGCUAUAGUUGAAAACUACAAACAUUUUGCAAUCUUUCAUUUUAUGUAAAAGUCUGGACCAAAAUUUGCUUCUCAGUGAGAUACUACUAUAAGCAGCAGCAAUCAUGAUUUCUGGACAUAUGAUAUUUUAGAUAUCCAAAGAAGAAAAUAACUUUUAUAGGUCCCAAAAUUUAAAACUAAUUUAUAUCAGAAUGAUACCUUAUAAUAUUAUUCAUAUUUUCAUUAAGAAUAAAAACAAAAUCAAACAUUGCUGGCUCAUAGAACAAUCCGCUCCCUUCUCUCAAACUGAGGAAAUAUCUGGUAAAGUUUUGUCAAAGAGGUCAUAGAAAUCUCAUCCAUGUUCUUCAAAAUAUGUCCUAAGUGCACACUAUCCUUCUUUUCAUACCGUUAGGCCUCUCUAGGGUAGGACUCAGCAUUUGCUUUGCACACCACUGGAAUGAGUUGGAGAUAAAAAUGUAGUGAAUCUAGGCUGCUACUAUUUGAAGAUGCUUCAAGACUAUUGCAGUAUAACCAGAAAAUGCCUGUGGAGAGAGAUGAAUGACAUAGCUUACUACUUGUGGAAAACGUUAUAUGAGUGUAAUUAAAAGGUAAUAAAAAAUUGGUCUCCUCUCUUUUUUUAUAAAACUCACCUGAUUUGAAGUGCAGUGUGUAAACAUAUUGAAAUAUAGCAAUAUUGUAAUAUGUGCACACUAGCAGCUAAAAGAAUUGAGUGCAUGGUAAAUGGUUUCUGUGUCUGUCAUUUCCUACAUUUUUACAUAAUCUGUAUUUCAUCACUAAGGAAAUAUUAUGAAUUGAAAAUUCAAAUAAUGUUAAACAAAUGCUUUUUCAUUAAGUGUAAAAAUGAUUUUUGCAUUGGUUUGAAAUGUAGAAUACUUGUAGCAAUUGUUAAACAUUUUAACUGAAAUCUAGUCUUGAAUAAUCAGUAUUUCAGUUUGUUCAAAAAUCUAAGACUACUUUUUCUUUCUUUUGUAUCAGGAUUUAUUGGUAUAUGUCAACAUGAAUGUGGAAGUUGUAAACUCCCAAAUGUCAGUUCCAUAACUCUCCUUCCAGCACAGACAUUAUAUAUUUUAGGGCCAUAUUUGGCAAGUCAACAUUUUCCUUGCUUCUCAUAAUGUAAAUGACUUUCCUCCUCCCCCGUCAGUUUAGAGUUCAGAAGAAUUUUUCUGGAGAUUUCUUUGGCAAGCGGGAUAUAUAGCCAAUGCUUGCGGGUAAGAUCUUACAUAGGACAUAUACCAUUGUACUGUGGCUAAGAGAUGAAAUUUUUAAGCUCUGUUCUCUAAAUUUUAAAGUUAAUCUGAAAAUGGCUUGUUUCAUUAUGCUCCCUGCCUGCGUUUCCUGCAUUGUAUAGCAUACUGGGAUCAGCAGCUUUGGAUAUGAUUCCUGGAAGUAUAUAGGACAUUAAAUUUAUAAGUUUAUAAUUAUAGUUGUAAUUUUGUACAAUGUACUUCCACUUUUUCUACAAAACAAAAAUAGUGGAAACUGCUCAUUUUUUGUGAAUGGAAUGAUUUUUUUUCUGUAUAAUUUGAAUUAUUAAAUGGAUACACUGAAAAUGUAUAAUAGCAAAGUCAUUGAUAUUGCACUAGUAGAAAUGUCCUUGGUUUUGUUUUAAAUUAUGCUCACAGUGUAACCCAUAAAUAAAAUGCAAAUGAAAUCUUUACUUGUGGAAAUGUUUUACUGAACCCUGUUGUGAUAAACAAUGCAAUAUCAACUUUAAGAAUCACAAACUUGAAUGUAUUUUUUUUGCCUUAAAAUAAAGAGUUUACAUUUUAAAGUCAAA